UUUGUGUACCAAGACCCUAGUUUCGAUAUGGAGGACAUGUUGGGGACCAUCCCGCGGGUGCUGUCCCUGUCCCCAGGGGACCAGUCUGCAGGGGGGCAGGGCGGUAGCGGCCCGGAGCACCAACGCUUCGAGGACCAGCGCUGUAACGGCACACUGAGGAAGCAGGCAAUUCCCCGGCCCGCGGGACCUCCUGGUUCAGACGGAGCACCAGCCUCAGGUCCAGUGGAGAACAGCAGUGGACAGCGCUACAGUGCAGACCCCACCAUCAUGCUGGGGGAGAGAGGAGCUAGAGGAGACACCGACCAGGAUGGAUACCUGACCGCCAUGAGGGAGAAGGCCACCUCAGACUAUCUCAACCCUGUGGAGGAGAACCCAUUCGUGACCCGUCGGAGGAAUGGAGCUGCCCUAACCCUGGACAGCUGUAACCCCUAUCAGGUGGCACCCAGCGGCCCCCAACAGGCAGGCUCUGGCCCCAGAGUGGAGGACGAAUACGUCAACGAGCCCCUCUACCUCAACACCUUCCACAACCCCGGAGUGGGAGACUACAGUGACUACACCCUGAAGAAGAAUGGGUUCACUGGGGGACACAACCCUGCCCUCGCCACCCUGGUAAGCCAACCAGGCGUCAUUGGCCUCACUGCUGGUCAAUCAGGCACCGCCCAGGUAGGAAACCCUGGUCACAGCGUCCAGGCAGCCCACGCCCAUGGAGUCUCUGCACAACCAGGAUACUCUGUUCCUCCAGGCCUCGGUACAGCCGGCGCCCACCCAGGCCACCCCUCCCACCCAGCCCACCCCGGGUAUACCCUUCACCCCGGCCUCACAGGCACCAUCAUGUUGGACAAGAAGAAUAGACAAGACAAGAACAAGACUUUUGACAAUCCAGAGUACUGGCAGCAUAGCCUCCCUCCCAAGGCCACCCUGCACAACCCUGAGUACUUGCAGGACUGCAGCACACGCUUCUUCUACCGGCAGAACGGACGCAUCCGGCCCGCCGUGGCCGAGAACCAGGAGUACCUGACAGAGUUCGCCCUGAAACCUGGGACCGUGCUGCCGCCCCCACCCUACAGACAGAGGAACACUGUGGUGUAACGGGGAGGAGGAUGAGGAGGAAAGAGGGUCUGGGCCAGGAAAGGUGGAAGACAAGGGGAGGAGGAGGGGAGGAUGGGAGUGGACAGUCCCUCUCUCACUCAGCCACACAAUAUUUACGUAUCAACCCUGGUUCCCUUCACCAGCACUGGACUGACACAUCUGAACUGACACUGGAUUACAGUAACAUUACAGUAAUAUUAUAUUUUAAAACAUAGUGCUGAGAGCCUCCCACCUCCUACGAACCCAGGACUGAUGUUCUCCUCUCUGUCUGUCUAUGUCCUCUACACUGGAUUACAGUAACAUUACACAGAAGUACUACAGUAAUAUUACAGUAAUAUACACUGAAAGUUUUCACAGAUUCACCUGUAACCGAAUACCCGAGACCCGAUCUGGGACCCAAGCGGGGUCGGAUCCAGAAUUCUAAAAAAUGGGUCUGGGUCAGAUUUGAUAUGAUUGUCACGAGUCUCGUGUAUGUGUAAUUUUAACUAACUUGUCCGGAAGGACCGUAAAGAUCCAAACGCGACUGCUGCAGAAGAGAGGGAGAGAGAGAAAUUGAUUAAUUUAUGCUGCUACUCUUGCUUUUCACGAGAGUGGUGCGUGUUGCUUGUUGUUGUUGCUGGCCAAUCAUAGGUCAUCAAAGCGGCAGUAGGCUACAGUCAUAGAGUCUCCGUGUGGGGCAAAAGUUAGGAGAUAGCUAAUCAAUGGAAGAUGGAAUUAAAAUGACAGAAUUAAAAGUUCGAGAAGGAUAGGCUACAAUGACCGAGAGCCAAUAGGUAGGCUGCUACUUUAUAUUCUAAAAGGAGUCAUUGUUGUUUGUAACUGUGUAGGACGAGACCGCGCAUGCAGCCUCAAUUAGCCUAGCUAGCUAGCUAACUUAAGUAGCUGCUCUUGGUUGGAUGCACUCAAGGCAGGUACUACGUAAUCAUAUUCAAUGAUAAAUAACCUAGCUUUGGCAGCUAUUAGUCUACUAUAGUGCGAGUUGGCUUGGUUGGUUGCCAUCUUUCGUCUCUCCCUCCGUGCUCCCUGUGUCACUUGCUCACACUCACAGUAGCCUACACACACAGCAUGGCCCCUGCUAGAGCAUCACCUCUCUCUACCUUCUCUCCCUCGCGCUUUAUCAGCUCCGGUUAAUAAAGUAGCUUAAAAAUGUACUUUUCUGCUGCUUCCCUCACUCAGAUUGGAUCCGACCAGGUCUAUACGGAACGGAUCUAGUUGUCCUCAGGUCCAUUUGGAAUGGGUCUCUAUAUUGAGAAAAAUAUAUUUAUGCAUAUUGGGUCCGGGUGGGAAGGCCCAGGUCCAUUUCGGAAUGUGUCCAACUUUUUGGACACGUCAAGGCAUUUAAUAUAAACUGCUGAGAGCCUCCGCCCACCCAAUAACCCAGGACUGGUUUGAUAAUUGACAGCCUCACCGGUCACUCUCAGCCCCAUUCUUAACUCCUCUGAUACUGCACCAAUUACUCACCCUCAGCCCCGCCCCUUCAGUGUUGAUUACAACAACAACAACAGAAGGCUAUGUGAAAAGUUACAUGUAAUGACAAACAGUAUCGGUCUCUGUAGGUGUAAACAGACAGGAUGAAGGCCAAGGAACAAGGAACUUGAAGCACUUACACUUACAGUAUAUUGUUUGCUCAUGAUCUCUAAUAUAUUAUUUUAUUAUUAAUAAGAUUUGUGUAAGAACCAUGCAGUGAUUCACAAUCAAUACACUACACUGAAAGUCUUGGAGCAGCACAUUUUUCCAACUGGGUUAAAUGCAUAUUGUAGCAAUCCACCAUCCACACAUACAGGAAUGUCAUGAUAGCCGUCGGUGUGCAGUAUAUCAGGUUCAUAUAGGAGAACACGUAAUACAUCUGCGUAUACACUGCUGUUCCGUGACUGUCUCUCAAGCUUCAGCCACGCCAUACAUCUGUCACAUAAUGUGGAGGAUGCAUUCCUGUCCGCUGACUGGCUGGCUGGCUCUGUGUGGCAUCUUUGAUGUUGACAUGGUUCGAACCCCUCUGAAUAUGUAAUAGAAUUCGUACAUUUAUUAUACAGCUCCGCUCAUAUCAGCUAUAACAUGUUAAUUUGUAUCUCGCGAAGAAGGAAGAUGUGCUCCCAACCUUGACACAUCAAUAACCCUGUUCUAAUUCUAUAUACUUACAUGCACAAUAUAGACAUACAUGCAAGCAUGCACACAAAAACACACAUAUACACAUACACAGAGAAAGAGAUAACAUUAGCGCCGUGUGCAGUACGUUUCUGGACCAGGAGCUCCAUUGCCCUUGGGUUCUAAAGCAGUGGAGAUAACAGAAGCAAAGUCAGUGCAGCGCGAUGAGAAGACAAAGCCAUUCAGCAAGUAAAUGCCACAAUGUUAUAUGUAUGCAAAGCUUGAAGGGCCUAUGCUGAACACAGUGAAAUACGGCAAGCAGAAAGUGCCACAGGAUUUAAGAGAGAAUAGGCUUAUCUGUAAGGAGAGGAUCGCCACCACCCAGCCAUGGUGUUCCUUCUAACCCACAUGACUUCUGAGGCAGACAAAUGACAAACCCCUGAAUCGAUGCAGUCAUAGAAUAUAAAUAGGAAACUGCUAUAUGUUGCAAUAUCUGUUUUUUACUGACAAACCCUCGCAGUCUGUCUGUUUGCUUCCCUAUCAGAGCUGGUUACAAAGACCUCAGGAAAGGACUGAUAAGAUGGGGACUGUACUCUAAACUAGACAGACAGACAGACAGACAGACAGACAGACAGACAGAC